AUCAAGAUGUUCAAGUUCAAACUAGACAAGACAGAAGAAAUGAAAGAUUAUAUAAUAAGUCCCAUCUAAUUAAAAAAAUUGAUGGAUAUUUGAAGAUUCUCUGUAAUCAAAAGCUCAAUGCACCCAAAAAAGACAAAUUUAUUUUUGACGUUGAAAUUCAAUGGUUUACCAAUUUAAAAAAAUUUUUUCAAACGAUUUAUUCAGAUUAUAAUAAUUUAAAAAAAAAGAGCGAUGACGAAAUCAAAUGUCAUCUUGAAAAUGAGCUUAAAGAUAUACAAACUGAAAUUAUCCAAAAGGAUGCAGAUAUCGAUAACUUGACAAGAAAAGUUGCAGAACUAAACUUGGCCAAUGAAAAAAGGAUUAAAUUGAUAAAUGACCUAGAAGAGCAAAUUGUAGAAUUAACUUGUAAAAUUGGAACAUUAAGAGAUAAUUUUAAAAUAGCAGAAGCUGAAAGUAGUCGAAACGCAAUAAAAAUGAAUGAUGCAAUAGAUAAAAGAAAUUAUACAGAAAGAAAAUAUAAUUUUGCCAUAGCACAGCACAAACGCGAACUAAGAAGAAGAGACGAAAGAGAAAACGACCUUCAUUCACAAAUUACCCUUUUAAGAAAUAGAAUUCAGGAAUUAGAAUCAUUGUUAGACGAAAGAGAGAUCGACCUUAGCCUUUUAAGAAAUAGGAUUCAGGAAUUAGAAUCAUUGUUAAAUAUCA